UCGUGUUUACUGAUACAACAGCAUUAGAGACUUCUAAGGAAAAGUCUGAGAACAAGUCUACCCAUGCAGAAAUGACAUCUCCUCUUCAGCCCAGGGAAUGCAAACUGGCCCGAAAAGACAAAGAGAGCUAUGGAUUUUGUCUGCGCCUUGAGAAACACAAAAUUGGUCACCUAAUUCGGAACGUGAUACAAGACAGUCCAGCUGAAAAGGCUGGUCUGAAAGAUGGAGACAGAGUCCUGAGGGUCAAUGGGGUGUUUGUAGACAAAGAAGAUCAUGGGCAGGUAGCUGAUUUAGUUAGGAAAAAUAUGAAUUCUGUAGUAUUCCUUGUGUUGGAUGAAGAAUCUUAUGAAAAUGCACAAAAAGAAGGAAUGGUUUUGGAAAAGCUGGGUCAGAAGUCAGAAACCCAGCAGAUGCUAGAAUGUCCCCCACCUGUGACAAAUGAAGAACCUGCUCUAGUUCCACAGCCCCGGCUUUGCUACCUGAUGAAAGAAGGAAAAAAUAGCUAUGGCUUCUCCUUGAAGACUACUGCAGGUCAAAAGGGACUGUUCAUUAUUGACAUAUCCCCACAAGGACCAGCUGCAAAAGCUGGAGUGCAGCCAAAUGACCGCCUGAUUGAAAUCAAUGGAGAGAAUGUGGAAAAUGACACUCAUGAGGAAGUGGUUGAGAAGGUGAGAAAAUCUGGGAAUCAAGUUAUAUUUCUGUUGUCAAAUAAAGAAACAGACUGGUAUUACAGCAGACAGAACAUGCCACUGAAGAGAGAAACGGCCAGUUUGAAAUUCUUACCUCACAAACCCCAAACCAUUGAGCUCAAAAAGGGAAAUAAUGGCUAUGGAUUCUGUCUGAGAAUGGAACAAAAUGGUAAAGGUCACUUAAUGAAGGACAUUGAUUCUGGCAGCCCAGCUGCUAAAGCAGGUCUCAAGGAAAAUGACAUUCUUGUGGCUGUAAAUGGAGAGUGGGUUGAGGCUCUGGACCACAACUCAGUGGUGGAGAAGAUCAAGGAGUCGGGUGAACAAACUACACUGCUGAUGAUGGAUGAAGAGACUGACACCAUGUACAAAAUGGCUCAAAUUUCCCCAUGUCUCUCCUGUCACAAAGCAUCGGUGCCAUCUCUAAGUGAAGCAGAAGUGCCAGCGUAUCAUACUGAGCAGGAGAGACACCAGCCCAGACUCUGCAACCUGGUUAAAGGUCCCAACGGAUUUGGUUUUCAUUUGAACGCUAUCAAGGGUUUGCCUGGCCAGUUCAUCAAGGAGGUACAGAAGGGUGGAGCAGCAGAUAUAGCUGGGCUGAAAGAUGAUGACAUGUUGAUAGAAGUGAAUGGUGUGAACGUGGAAAACGAAGAGUAUGAAAACGUUGUGGCCAGAAUCCGGGAUGGCAGCAACACGAUGACACUGCUGGUGUGUGCAGAAAAGGCUUGCCAGCACUUCAGGUCCAAGGAUCUUUCUGCUGCAGCCUCUAUGGUACCUCCGCCACAUGAUUACAGUAAUGAUCCUCCUCCUUACACAGAAAUCCAAGAGCCGCAAAGGCUGUUGUCAGAAGCACAUGAGAUGGCCAGCUCAUCCUCCUCUUCACUCUCAGUUGAGUCAUCAGAAGAAGAUACCAAAUUGUGAGGAUGCCCCAAACCAACAUGUCCUAGCUUUGUUCCUAAUUUGUUCCCAUUUUGAAGCAAGUUAAUAUUACUUCUUUGCAAAUCUUGUUUGCAACUCUAUAAAUGCUUUCUUGAAACUUACUCCCACUAAACAAUGCAGAAGUUACUACUAUUUACCUGGGGAACUAACCAUGUAAUUAGUUUUAUCAGCCUCACUGGAGAAGUGAUUGUUAGAUUCAGGAACUACGUUACGUUGCAAAUCUGUCCACCCUGACCACAAUCCAGCACAUCAGUGCUUAUGUUUCAGUAAAAUCAUUGUGACAAGUGUAUGUAACCCUGCUAAUUAGAGACAUAGGCUUCUUAAUAAUGAUCAGUCACUACAUGUAUCCCAAAUAAAUUUGAGAUCAAUUUUUUUUUAAGUAAAUUGCAUUGCAUGCCGUGUCUGGUAGCAAAUUUUGGCGUGUAGUCAUUUUAAAAUGAAUUUGUUUUGUUCUCCAGGAUGCAAACCUCUGUGCAGAGAUACUCUGUCCCAGCAAACUGCAUACCCUCAGCUUGUGGGCUGACAUGCUCACUGUGGUUAACUAUUCUUAAUACUAAUUCUACCAAUUUGUUAAAUAAAGAAACCAAAAAUGAAA